CGCGAUCGACCGGCCGCGCGGCCAAUCUGCAGCUGGCAAAGCCGGCGUCCCGCCAAUAGGCUGUCGGCGCCGCGGCGCGGGAGGUGGGCGCUGCGGGGCGGGACGGCCGGGUCGGGGCGCGCGCGCGAGGCCGGUCCCGCCGCCUGCCGUGAGAGGGAGCGGAAUCUCCCGCCAUUUUUCAAUCGUUCCGCCCGGGCCCCGCCGGCUCCCACUAUGGCGCCGCUACUCGGCCGCAAGCCGUUCCCGCUGGCUAAGCCAUUGCCGCCGGGGGAGCCGGGCGAGCGGUUCGUCAUCCCCCACACGCAGGAGGCCUUCCGCACCCGCGAAGAGUACGAAGCACGUUUAGAGCGAUACAGCGAGCGGAUCUGGACGUGCAAGAGCACAGGAAGCAGCCAGCUGACACACAAAGAGGCUUGGGAGGAGGAGCAGGAGGUUGCUGAGCUCUUAAAGGAGGAGUUCCCUAUCUGGUAUGAGAAACUGGUCCUGGAAAUAGUCCACCACAACACCGUGUCAUUGGAAAAGUUGGUGGAUGCAGCUUGGUUGGAGAUUAUGACCAAAUUCGCAGUGGGGGAAGAAUGUGAUUUCGAGGUUGGUAAGGAGAAAACGUUGCCUGUAAAAGUUGUGAAAAUACAUCCUCUGGAGAAAGUUGACGAAGAGGCCUCGGAAAAGAAAUCUGAUGGAGCCUGUGAUUCUCCAUCCAGUGACAAGGAGAACUCCAGCCAGGCAGCUCAGGACAACCAGAAGGAAGCUAUGCUGAAGGAGGAUGACAACAGGAGGGAUAGUAUGAAUGAUCGAGCACGUAGGUCUCCUCGAAAGCUUCCCACUUCGCUGAAGAAGGAAGAAAGGAAGUGGGUUCCACCUAAAUUCCUGCCACACAAAUAUGAUGUCAAACUGAAAAAUGAGGAUAAGAUCAUCAGUAACGUUCCAGCAGAUAGCUUAGUCCGUACAGAGCGUCCUCCAAACAAGGAGAUCCUGAGGUACUUCAUCCGUCACAAUGCGCUACGUGCUGGCACAUGUGAGAACGCCCCGUGGGUUGUGGAGGAUGAGUUAGUGAAGAAAUACUCUCUCCCCAGUAAAUUCAGUGACUUCUUGCUUGACCCACAUAAGUAUAUGGCUCUCAAUCCUUCAGCCAAGAGGAAGAGCUCUCGGUCACCUGACAGAAAGCUUCCUAAGAAAUCCAAAGCAGAUGGAUCUUCACUAGGACAGACACUGAGUCCAACCCUGUGGUGCCACGUGCAUUUGGAGAAAUCUAUAAUUGGCUCUCCACUGAAGGUGAAGAACUCUAAGAACUCAAAAUGCCCUAAAGAGGGUCUGGAAGAGGUGAUGAAAAUGGUGUCACCUGCUAAACUUGGUUCUAAUUUUCACAUUCCAAAGAGGAGCCGACUAGGAAAGGGCAACAACAAAUCCUUGGACAAAAAGCAAAGAGGCAAAAGAGUUCUGAAUGGGCAGAAGUCAUCAGGGAAGGCAAAGUCUCCCAGGAAAGGUUUGAAGACCCCUAAGAUGAAAAUGAAACAAAUGACACUGCUGGACAUGGCUAAAGGUACCACUAAGGUGUCCAGGGCUCCCAGGAAUUCUGGAGGCACCCCUGGAUCUUCCAGGAAACCCCAGAAACACCUGCCUCCUGCAGCACUCCAUCUCAUUGCCUAUUACAAAGAAAACAAAGACCGAGAAGACAAAAAAAGUGCUCUUUCCUGCAUUAUCUCCAAAACAGCUCGGUUGCUCUCCAAUGAGGACCGUGCCCGUCUGCCCGAGGAUUUGCGGGGAUUGGUACAGAAACGCUAUGAGCUCCUGGAGCACAGGAAGAGAUGGGCCACCAUGACGGAGGAACAGCGGAAGGAGUACAUGAAGAAGAAAAGAGAAAAGCUGAAAGAGAAACUGAAGGAAAGAGCAAAGGAGCGGAAAGAGAAGGAGAUGAAAGAAAAACUGGAAAAACAGAGGAGAUUUGAGGACCAAGAUCUGAAAGGGAAGACAUUGCCUACUUUUAAACUGGUUGAUACUCCAGAGGGACUUCCUAACACACUUUUUGGGGAUGUGGCCAUGGUGGUAGAGUUCCUGAGCUGUUACUCAGGGUUAUUGAUGCCAGAUGCUCAGUAUCCCAUCACAGCAGUGUCCCUGAUGGAAGCCCUUUGUGCAGAAAAGGGAGGCUUCUUGUACUUGAACAGAGUACUGGUCAUCCUCUUGCAGACCCUGCUGCAGGAUGAAAUUGCUGAGGAUUAUGCUGAGCUGGGAAUGAAACUUUCUGAAAUCCCACUUACUCUGCAUUCCGCUUCCGAGUUGGUUCGCCUGUGCCUGCGCAAGUCAGAUGUGCAAGAGGAAAGCGAGGUCUCAGAUAAUGUAGAUGAAAGUAAGGAUUCAGCAGCUUUUGAGGAUAAUGAGGUACAGGAUGAGUUUUUGGAGAAACUGGAGACAUCAGAGUUCUUUGAGCUGACUCCUGAAGAGAAGUUGCAGAUCCUUGGAGCACUGUGUCACCGGAUCCUAAUGACAUACUCGGUGCAGGACCAUGUGGAGGCCAAGCAGCAGGCCUCAGCUGAGCUGUGGAAAGAGCGCCUGGCUGUCCUGAAGGAGGAAAACGACAAGAAGAGAGCAGAGAAACAGAAGCGAAAAGAAAUGGUGGCCAAAAACAAGGAGAACGGGAAAGAAGAGCAUACAAUGGGAAGAAAUGAAAAGAAGAAACAUGAAAUUAUGAAAAUAGAGCACCGGGUGGAAAUUGAAGCAGAUGAUAUGAUCAGUGCUGUGAAGAGCAGGCGCCUUCUUGCCAUCCAAGCAAAGAAGGAAAGGGAGCAACAAGAAAUACAAAUGAGAGUGAGGAUGGAGAAAGAAGCAGAGGAAGAAAGAAUCCGGAGGCAUAAAGCUGCUGCUGAGAAAACUUUCCAGGAUGGAAUUGCCAAAGCCAAACUGGUGAUGCGCAGGACCCCAAUUGGCACUGACAGGAAUCAUAACAGGUACUGGCUGUUUUCGGAUGAGGUUCCUGGUUUGUUUAUUGAGAAGGGCUGGGCACAUGACAGUAUAGACUACAGAUUUACCCUUCCCCACCAGAAAAAAGAAGAUUUGAAGGACUACAGCCCUGGAGAGAAGCGGAAGAGCACAGGCAGUGACGGCCGAGGGAACAAGCUGCACCGCUCCAUGCCCACCACAGACCUGCCUGCUGAGACCACCACUCCAAAGCAGGGCCAGAACUUAUGGUUUCUCUGUGACAGUCAGAAGGAUUUGGAUGAACUGCUGGAUUGCCUGCACCCCCAAGGAGUAAGGGAGAGCCAGCUCAAGGAGCGCUUGGAGAAAAAGUAUCAGGAUGUCACUCAUUCCAUUCAUUUGGCUCGGAAACAGAACUUGGGUCUCAAAUCUUGUGAUGGCAACCAGGAACUGCUGAACUACCUCCGGAGUGAUCUGAUUGAGGUUGCAACGCGGCUGCAGAAGGGAGGCCUGGGAUAUGUUGAUGUGACACCAGAAUAUGAAGCAAAAGUGUACUCGCUGGAGAGCCUAAAGGAUUUUGGAGAGUGUGUGAUUGCGCUCCAGGCUGGUGUUGUUAAGAAGUUUCUGCAAGGUUUCAUGGCCCCUAAGCAGAAGAGAAGGAAACACCAAGGAGAGGAUUACAUUGCCAAGGCUGAGGAGAUAGAUGAAGACAAGAAAAUGGCAGAAGAAGCCAAGGUUGCUUCAGCUAUGGAAAAAUGGAAGACAGCAAUCCGUGAGGCCCAGACCUUCUCCCGUAUGCAUGUACUGCUGGGGAUGCUGGAUGCCUGUAUCAAGUGGGAUAUGUCAGCAGAGAAUGCCAGAUGCAAAGUGUGUCGCAAGAAAGGUGAAGAUGACAAGCUGAUCCUGUGUGAUGAGUGUAACAAGGCCUUCCACCUGUUCUGCCUGCGGCCAGCACUCUAUGAGAUCCCAGAUGGGGAAUGGCAGUGCCCAGCAUGCCAGCCUUCGACAGCCCGGCGCAGCUCACGAGGCAGGAACUAUGCAGAGGAUUCUCCUGAAGAUGAAGGUGAAGAAGGUGAGGAAGUGUCUGAUGAACCAGAUGCUGAGGAGGAAGAGGAGGAAGAAGAAGAUUAUGAAGUUGCUGGACUGAAAUUGAGGCCCAGGAAGGCAGCCCGGGGCAAGCAAGGCUCCAUGUACUCCUCGAGGCAGGGAAGGCACCAGAAGAAGAAGCAGAUGCUUCACCCUGCACGGGGACCCCGGCAGCGCACAGCACCUGUCAACGGUGCAGACAUUGAUGAGCUGGUCCUUCAGACAAAGAGGACAGCACGUCGCCAGAACCUUGAGCUGCAGAAGUGUGAGGAAAUCCUCAGCAAGCUGAUCAAGUACCGCUUCAGCUGGCCCUUCAGGGAGCCAGUGACCACGGAGGAAGCUGAAGACUACUUUGAGGUCAUCAGCAACCCCAUGGACUUCCAGACUAUGCAGAGCAAGUGCUCUUGUGGCAAUUACCGCUCUGUGCAGGAGUUCCUCUCUGACAUGAAGCAGGUGUUCUCCAAUGCUGAGCGCUACAACCAGAACGGGAGUCACGUAUUGUCCUGCCUGGAGAAGACAGAGCAGUGUUUGAUUGACAUGGUGCACAAACACCUGCCAGGCCACACAUAUGCACGCAGGAAACGCAAGAAGCUCUCUGCCAGGUGCCAGGAACUGGAGGAGCAGGAAGGGGACAGUGAGUCAGAGCCCCUUGAACAUUCCCGGGGGCGGAAGAGGAAGAAAUGAGAGAUGGGGAGACUGAGGGGAGAGCCAGAACUGGAGCAGGCAUUCUGGUGCUGCCAGGCAGUCGGAUGGGUUAUCUGGAGGGAAAUGAGAAGCAGCGUGCAACUUCUCUACUAUUCCAGCCUUCCCUUGUGCCCAUCCUAGUUUUAAUUUUUCUGCAGUUUCCUCAAGUAUUUGGUCAUCCAUUGAGUGGUGAUUACUUAAAGCUUCCUCCAGAAUCCACAAAGCUCUUCAUGAGUCUGUCCUGUCAGGAGGGGAAGGUGGGAGGGCAAGGGGAGGGCCUGACCAAGCUUGUCUGGGCUGAGGAACACCAAUGUGCUCCGGCUCAGGCACUCGGUUUCCUGAAAUGAAUUGCUUCUUUGCCUCUGCAAGCAGCGGGAGCGUGGUGGGACCGUCUGCUGUGAGUCAUGUGAGCACACCAGCCUCAGUCUGGUGCAGGGGGUAUUGUGUUGCUCCACAGAAGGACUGGGUGCUAUCAGGCCAAUGGGCUGCUCGGGCUUGUAUAUAUAUAUUUAUAUGGUGUUAAUUUUGAGCCCUGGUUCCAGGUUCUGUGGGGCAAGCAAGCACUUAGGUGUACCAUGGUCUGGCUUUCACCAGCAUCCCAACACCACUUCUCUGAUAUGCUCCUGCUUUCCCCUCUCCUUGGGGAGCAGUCUCUGGAGGUCUCAGUCCAAGGAGGGCUCUGAGCUCAGCUGCCUAGCUGUGCAUGCCAAGAGGAGGCUCUCUGCUCACCUGGACUUGCACGCAGUCAUGCAGCCCUUUGGAUGCCCCAAGUGCCAGCAGCAAACUGGAGAGUACAGCUGUCUGUACAGCCCAAGGAGAGCUCCAAGGCCAGGGUAGCAGCAGAAACGUGCUAUGUAACUUUUUAAAUUAAUUUUUUAGUUGAAAGUGGCUUGUUUCUAGCUGUGAUCUUGUACAAAAAACACCUGUAAGAUACCCUUGUCUUGCUUUGGCACAUGUACAGUUUAUAUAAAAUCGUGUUUGCUUUAUAUUUUCCCCCUCCUUAAAACUCAUUUUCCUACCAGUAGCAGAAGUUACAUCAGGGGACUUUGAGGGGUGAGAGGGGGAUCCCAGUCUCUCUCAGCCACACUCUCAUAUUUUGUAGUAACACUCUUGUUCCUGUGCCAUGGCCCAGCACCAGCUCCUUCUGCCCCAGAUGCUGACUGUUCCCUAAGAAAAGGGUUUGUUUUCUCAUUCUCUCUUCCUCUACAUCAUGACAGGUUUGGAUUAUACAAUCAGGGCUUGAAUUUAUCCCAGCAUUGUUUGAUUUGGAAUAAAUGGGCCAUGGGGCUGUUCAUGCUGGUUUUGUAACAGAAAAGCUGUUGUAGCUCCUGAGAUUUGAGAAGACAAGAAUCAUCAAUUACAAAUUGCAGCCUAGUUUUGUGAGCAUUUUAGGUUUGGGGUUUUUUUUUAAACAGGUACUUGUUUUCAGUUCUGGACUGUCAGUGACUGCAGAUGAGGCAAGUUUCCAGCCUUUUCCCUCUCCUCAGCCUCACUCCCUGCCCCACAAAAUAGCACUGAUAUUUGUAUCUCGCACGUCCCUUCAGAGGCUGUUUUGUCCUGUUUCCCAGAGAACAUUUCCUGCAGGUCCUACAUGGUGGAACCUUUGGAACUGCACGUUUUCUAAAAAUCAGUGUCAUUUGGGGGGAGGGGGUUUCUGCAAAGGGCUGUACUUGUAAUAAAUUGGAACCUUAAGAAUAAACAUUAUGUACUUGUGUUUGUA